GAGAAGCUCAUAAUUCAAUGGAAAAUUCAUCGAAGUCAAUGCGUUCCAAGGGAGAAGAGCAGCAGAAGCGUCCGCCAGCCGCACCGUUGCUGCCACUACGCGGUGGCAGGGGCGAUUUAAAUGUAAAGAGCUCGGAGCUGCCUGCAGGUGUCUGCAUACCAAAUAAAUAUGGCAAGAAUGUACCACAAGCCUUAACAGAUGGGCUGAUAAAGCAGUUCACAAUUCAAAAAUUGACAGCCACCAUGGCUCGCUCCGGGGUUACCAAAAGACCAGAGAAGACGCAGAAAUUCACGUUUAAGGAAUUUCGAACAAUAAUGGCAAGUGACAAGAACCAUUUUGCAAUGCACACAACCCAUUCGGAACCCCAAAUCCACGAUGCUCUGGCCACGGAGCAGCAGGAGCUACGGGAUGAGCAGGCUGACUAUGAGGAGAAUCGGGUGGGCGAGGCCUUUGUUGUGCACCAGGGCACCAGCAAGCUGCAGCUUUGCGAGCCACAUUCGGCCAUGGCAAUGGUGGAGAAGGCGAAUCUCUCAGCGGUGGCACUGCCCGACAUUAGCUACGAUCUGAAAAUGCCCGGACUCGUGCCGCACUGCCUGAGUACCCAGCAACUGGAGGCCGUGGUCUAUGCCUGCCAGACCCAUCAGCGGAUUCUGCCCUGGGGCGAGCGGGCUGGCUUCCUGCUGGGCGAUGGACCUGGCGUGGGUAAGGGUCGGACCAUUGCCGGCAUUAUUUAUAGCAAUUUUCUGCUGGGCCGCAAGCGUGCUCUUUGGAUCUCCAUCUCGAAUAUUCUCAAGUCGGAUGUGGAGCGCGAUCUGAAGGACAUUGGCGGCAGUGAGCAGAUCAACGUGGUGGUGCUGGACACACUGAAUUACUGGCGCAUAAGCUCCGAGGAGAAUGAUCAAUUCAAAACGGGCAUCGUCUUCUGCACGUACACCUCGCUGAUGGAUGUGUUGGAGACGGCCGAUGCCAAGUACGAUAAGCGUUUCCAUCAGGUGUGCAGCUGGCUGGGCAAGACCUUUGACGGCGUCAUCGUCUUCGAUGAGUGCGACAAUGCCCGGCACCUCAGUCGGGACAAUGUCACUGUGCUGCUGAAGCUGCAGAAGCAGCUGCCCAAUGCCCGGGUUGUCUACGUCUCGGCCACGGAGCCCAACGAUCCGAAAACUAUGGCAUUUAUGCCGCGUCUGGGCCUGUGGGGCGCCGGCACUGCCUAUCCGAAAUUCGAGAAUUUUACCAGCGAGAUGCAACAUCGAAGUCCAGUCAGCAUGAAGCUGUUGUGCAUGGACAUGAAGCUGCGUGGCAGCUACAUGGCCCGCCAGCUGAGCUUCAAGAAUGUCACCGUUCGCAUCGAUGAGGUGGUCACGACGAGGAAAUUCUUCAAGAUUUACGAGCGUGCAGCCAAACUGUGGGCUGAGAUGAACCGGAAGUGGCAGGCCGCCUGCCGCUUCCUGCGCCUGGACGUCUACACGCAGCAGAUGAUCUCGGACGAGUUCUGGUCCGCGCAUCAGCAGUUCUUCAGACACUUGUGCCUCGCCGGCAAGGUGGAAAAUGCUCUGCAACUGGCUCGUGACGCUCUCGACCAAGGCAAGGCGGUGGUCAUCAGCCUGCAAUCGACGGAAGAGUCCUGGACGCUCGAACACUUAAAGGAGCACAAGGGCCAGCUCAAGGAGCCGGUGUCCAACCUGAAGUUGAUUAUGAAACUGUUUGUGGAGAAACACUUUCCGGCGCCCAAGCUCGCGGAUUUGAAUCGUCUGAUGAGCAUGGCUGGCAACAAUCCCAUCUACCGAGCAACGCAAGCCAAGAGGCCGCGGCACGACCGGCUCGGUGACGAUGAGGACUGGGCUGAGCCCGAUGAGGCCGAUGAGAAGUACAUGAAAAAGUCCGAAACUGAUAAAAACAUGCCGGAGCGCAUCCUGAAGCACUUGCACGACUAUCUGCGGCUCAAGCAAAACAAAGAUGAAGAAUCUGCCGACGACAUCACCGAUCACGAUGUGGCUGCUUGUGUCUACAUGCGCUACCAGCUGCUGACCAAAAUAGAUUAUUUGGGUCGCCAUCUGCCCGCCAGUACGAUGGACAAGCUCAAGGCGAAACUGGGCGGCCACCGAAAGGUGGCGGAGAUAACCACAAGGCUGGGCGGAAUGGUGUGCAUUAAGCAGGCCUACAAGUACAUGCCGCGCUGCAAGGGCGAGGAGCUGCUCGGCCAGGUGAACGAGACGGAGCGGCAAUGCUUUAUGGCGGACAGCAAGCAGGUGGCCAUCGUUUCGGAGACCGCCUCCAAGGGCAUCUCCCUGCACAGCGACAAGGCUGUGGCCAAUCAGCGACAGCGCUUGCACAUCGUCCUGGAGCUGUCCGGGAAUUUGGAUCAGGCUCUGCAACAAUUGGGCCGCACCCAUCGCUCCAAUCAGCUCAACUCGCCGGAAUAUGUUUUGGUUAUCGCGGACCUCAUCGGCGAAAGACGCACUGCCAGCACAGUGGCCGAAAGACUGAAGAGUUUGGGUGCUGUGAUCAGCGACAAUCGCCGGUCCACCGAUGACACAGACCUGGCUCAGAUCGAUUUAAAGAACGUGCAUGGACCCAGCAGCCUCUACCAUGUGAUCCAACAGAUGGCGGGCAAGCGACCCAUCGAUCCCUCGGAGCUACCUCGCACAUACACAGGCAACUUUCGGGCCGAUUGCGGCGCUGCCCUGGGCAAUGUGGGCGUGCUCAAUGUGGAGAUAGGGCAGAACGGCGUCGAGAUUUAUAGCGUGGCCAAGAACGCCUCCAACAUUGAUAGAUUCAUACACAGAGUGCGUGGCUGUUGCGUGGAGAUGCAGAGUGCCAUAUUCCAGUUCUUCAUCGACAACAUGUACAGGCGGAUAGCGCAAAUGAAGCGCUCGGGUUGCUUCAACAUUGGCCUCCUCGACCUGAGGGCCCACAAAGUCAGCGUGAGGUGCAGCAAGCAGAUAAAGUUCACAAAAAUAUUCACCAACGGCGCGGAAACCACACAGCUGCACACACUGCAGGUGGAACGUGGCAUGCCCUUUGAGACGGCCCUGCGCAUCUAUCGAAAGAGCGCACAUAAACGCCACGAAGGCUUCUACGAAUUAAAGGAGACGAGAGGGGACAAGCGUAUGGCUAUCUUAUGCCUGGAAGCCAAGUCGAGCUGCCAGUAUGCCACAGACCCCAAAAGCAUUCACAUGCAGAUCUACCGACCCAAUAUCGGACUGCAAGUGAGCAUCGAAAGCCUCGAGUCUGUUACCUCGCGCUAUGUCAUUGCCAAGUUGAACACGGCCCAAAGGUAUUGGCAGAAACAGUAUGAGCUGUGCCUGAACACCUGCGCCCACAUCUAUUGGAAUCGCACGUGCCCCUUUCCCCACGACUGCAUGGAAGGCAAGCGGCUACGCACCUAUCAUGUGCUCUCGGGUCGCGUGCUGCCCUAUUGGAGCCGCAUCACGCAAAGCAUCGAAAAGAACGGCAACAGGAUCCAGAUGAUUAGUGCAGAGACAGCUGGGGGUCAGUGUAUUGUGGGUAUUGUGGUGCCGAAUUCGGCCUACAAUGAAGUGCACAGCGAUUUGUCGUCAGAUGUUACUAAAGUUGAAGUAAUUGAAGCGAUGGCAGAGUGAUUCAAGUCUGUAAAUUAAAACUAAAAUUAUAAUUAUUAAAAUAAAUAAACUUGGACGGGAGAUUUUAGUCUACAUUAUUUAGCAAAUAGAACA